ACCAUGCUGAAGCUGGCCUCGGCAAAGAACGUGGGCGUGUCUCCACCGUGCGUCAACGAGACUAGCGCAAAGAUCUACCUCAACACCCCGGCGGUGCGCACCGCCCUGCACAUCGCUGCCAAGGCCCUGACCUGGGACGUCUGCAGAAUCCCCAACAGAGGAAGUCCUGGUACUACGAGGCAGCUGACGGCACCAAACAGGUGGCUGGGUUCUACAAGGCCUUUGACCAGAUCACUUUUGUCACCGUGCGGGGAGCUGGUCACAUGGUCCCCUCGGACAAGCCAAGGCCAGCCCUGAAGAUGUUCUUGUCUUUCAUCCAGAGACAACCUUUUUAAAGCCAAGGUGACGUCGCUGGCACGUCGCGGUCUGUGUGUACUGUCGUGGAGCUCGAGUGGUCAGACGUGAAGGUCUUUGCGGCAAACUGCCCCGUCUGUGAAGUCAAAAUGUCAGAAGAUCGGGGUUUUGCGACUAGUUCCACAGCUGUUGUCACAUUAUCACAAAGAUGUUGCUACUGAACUUCUGUUUUGGGCAAUGAAUUUCUUUCCGUAUCUCUCAUGUUGGGCCAUAUUUUAGUUGGAACUUUUUUCUCCAACUUUACAUAUUUUAC